CUUACAUUAACUACCCAGAUUACAAUACUAAUACGAAAAGCCUUGAGAUUGCCGGAGAGACUUUGCAUGUAAACUUCAUGGUUUUUUGUUCGCAAAAGCUACGCAACGAAAUUAGUCAGGUACGCACGGGGCACCUGCGCAAGUCAUGAGUCCGUCCUUCGAGGCUUGGGAGAUCCAUCUCAACGUCGACCUCGACACGCGUUUUGACCAUCUAUAUGGCAUUCUGCUCGUGAAAUCUGACAUCUUUGUGUCCUUCAACUCUUUACUUACGCGCCAAUGAACCGCUCGUAAAUAUGCCCCAUUCCCGAGAGAGCUCCGCGGCUCUCAAUCAACCAACAUCUACAAUUGAAGAUGGGCCUGCGACUCCGCUUCUGAGCGACUCUGAAUCUGACGACUUCAAUAUCGAUGGCCGGGCCUCUGUACGCCGUAGUGUACAAUGGGACAGGCAUGCCGAACCUUCGCUUGGAGCAGUGCAACCGGAGGCGUGGGUGGACAUCACCGCCAUACGUCAUAAGUUUAUUCGUCAGAUCCUCGGGUUGAACCCCUUCAAGACUUCCUAUUUUGCACUCUACAGACCACUGGACGAUCUAGGCUCAAGAUUCAUACUCAUGUUGGGAGUGGUCUUGGCGAUUCUUGCUGGUCUGCCCAUUCCGUUUAUAGGGAUCAUACUGGGCAGGAUUAUCAAUAACUUCCCGCCUCCAGAGGAUGAGCUUCGAACGUUAUUGGGGUAUCUCAUGAUCGUCGCAGCGUGCUACUUCGUGGUCACUUGGGGCUGGGCGGUUGCGUGGGCGGUGAUCGGUGAACGGGUGUCGCGCAAAACACGAGAACAGCUUUUGCACCGCGCACUCGGUAUGGACAUGACCUACUUCGACACUGCUUCACCAGAUAUGACAAGCAUCCUCACGGACAAGACUCAAACGAUCCAACUGGGUACUUCUGAGAAAGUCGGCUUGUUUCUCGCAUCAAUCUCCUACUUUGGCGCAGCUUUUUGUGUAGGAUUCUCGCUGAAUGCCAGGCUCACAGGUGUCAUGUUUUUGACUGUGAUACCUUCAAUGGCCUGCGUAGUCAUCUUUGGCACAAAAUACGUCGCCAAAUUCAGUAAGCAAGCCGCCGCAUACACUGAGAAGGCAGCUACUGUGGCCGAGAGUGCCAUUCGAGCAGUACAGAUUGUGCAGGCUUUUGGGUUGCAAGAGAAAUUGAGCGAAGAACACGUUCAUUAUCUUCGAGCAGCAUUGCGAGCUGGUAUCAAGAAAAGCGUGACCGGAGCGGUGAUGCUAGGGUCCGUCUACUUCGUGGCAUAUGCAGCAAACGCAUUGGCAUUCUGGUACGGCGACCGUCUUCGUGAUGGUAGUGCUGAGGCUGGUACCAUAUACGCUGUUGUGUUCCUCAUCCUGGAUGCAUCCUUUGUCGUUGGGAGAUUUGGACCAUUCAUUCAAACAUUUGCAAUGGCAGCAGCUGCUGGACAGGCUGUCCACGAGAUUCUCGACCACCCAUUGUCUGACAUCGAUGUUUACAAUAACGAGGGGCAACAAGUUACCGCUUCUUUCUUCGCAAAAGCCAUAAAGUUCUCCGCUGUCUCUUUCGUCUAUCCGGCUAGGCCGACGGUCAGAAUUCUAGACGCCAUUGAUUUGACUAUUACGCCAGGAAUGGUAACGGGACUUGUGGGUCCUUCUGGAUCAGGGAAAUCGACAAUCACCUCGUUGAUGCUCCGACUUUAUGACCCGACCUUUGGCAAUGUCUUUGUUGGCGACGAUAACAUCAAAUCAUUCAACAUUCGCAGUCUGCGGUCGCAUGUCGCUCUUGUUACGCAGAAUCCGGUUCUCUUCAGUGGAACUAUCUAUGAGAACAUCAAGCAUGGACUGCCACAAGGAGAGGCUAUCUCAGAGGAUGAAGCUUUCGACAGGUGCGCAGCUGCAGCCAAGGAGGCUCACUGCGAGUUUCUCGAUCGUCUCCCUGAUGGUAUGCACACAAAAAUCGGCUCAGGUCCUCACUCACAGCUGUCUGGGGGGCAAAAGCAACGUAUCACCUUGGCUAGAGCGCUGGUGGGUCGCCCCUCAGUGUUACUCCUUGAUGAGUUCACGAGUGCAAUGGAUGCAACAAGUGAGGCGAUUGUGCUGGAGAAUCUAAGACGUUCUUCGAAAGCAGCGAACCGUACAACAAUUAUCAUCGCGCAUAGGCUUGCCACAGUCAGAGAUGCAGACCGCAUUGUCGUUUUAAAGGAUGGCAUUGUAGCUGAAGAUGGCCGUCACGAGAAUCUUAUCAAGGCGAGUGGCAUCUACGCUGAUCUCAUCCAAGCACAGCAGUUCGAAAAGAAGGGCCAGUCUUCAGUUACUUCUUCUGUCUACUCCAGCCCUCGAUUCUCACAGAAAGAGCCUGAUCACACUGGAGUGUCGACAAAUGACUCAUCCUCCGAGACUACGAUCAUUCCCGUGGAGAAACCGAAGAAGAGUGCAGUUGAACUCGUGAGUAGGUGUUUGGCCCUAAGUCGUCAUGAAAUUCCGGUAAUCGUGCUCGGCCUGACUGCGUCCAUAAUGAGUGGAGGCGUCACUAUUGGAGAAGCCUUCAUUUUCGGCAAUCUGGUAGAGCUUCUCAACGACACUUCAAAGACAAGCGAGUUGGCUUCGAGAAUAUCCUUCUUCUGCCUGUUGUUUUUCCUACUAUCGCUGGUAGCACUAGUCGCUCACGGAGUUGGCGGUGCAGCUUUUGGUCUGGUGUCAGAAAAUCUCGUCCUUCGAGUACGAGACAUCUCGUUCCGCACGAUUCUCAAACAAGAUAUCUCCUGGUUCUCAAAGCCUGGGCACUCUCAUCACGCUCUAAUGUCUAAACUCAACAUGGACAGCGGUUCUAUCAGUGGUCUUUCUGGAGUUAUCUUAGGGACCAUAUUCUCCAUUACAACCUCAGUGGUCGGCGGAAACAUCCUCGCAUUUCUUGUCGCGCCACGGAUCGCCAUAGUACUCCUCGCAGCUGUUCCCGUCAUGAUCUUCGCUGGUUAUGUCCGUCUUCGCAUUUUAGCUCUGGCAGAAGAAAAACAUCAAAACGCCUACAACGAUGCCGCAUCGCUGGCUUCUGAAGCGACCGCCUCCAUGCAGAUUGUCGCAGCCUUUGGUCUGGAGGACCAUUUCCUUGACUCUUAUCGAAAUGCUAUCAGCGGGCCGUACGAGGAACACCUAAAAUUUGCAUUAUUUGGCAACAUUCUGCUUGCAUUCUCACUAUCCGUAACGUACUAUGUGUACUCUCUCGCAUAUUGGUGGGGUUCUAAGCAGGUACGAAACGGAUCCUACAGCCAAAAGGACUUCUUCAUCGUCCUGCCUGCUCUUCUCUUCUCUGCCCAGGCUGCUGGUCAGCUAUUCAGUCUGGCACCCGAGGUUACCCGAGCCAAAACCGCUGCCCAAAAUGUCUUUGCGCUGCACGACGAACAGCCUACCAUUCUUACGGAUGACAGCGAUCUGAAAACAACAUCAGAUGGUAGCAAUGUGAACACGGAUGCUUUGCUGUCCGGAGCGUCAGCCAGCUAUGGAACAUUCGGCGUACGAGGAGAACUUGAAUUUCGCGGCGUUAGCUUGCAUUAUGAGACUCGGCCAGAUGUCGCUGCGUUGAAUAACGUCUCCUUUCAGAUUAGACACGGCGAAUACGCAGCGUUUGUCGGAAGAUCCGGUGCUGGAAAGUCGAGCACAGUUCAUCUUAUUGAAAGAUUCUUCGAUCCCACGGCUGGUCAGGUCUAUCUUGAUGGGCGCGAUAUUCGCAAUGAGCCUGUACAAAAUCACCGAGCUCGUUUAGCACUGGUGGAGCAGGAGCCUGAUUUGUUCCCCGGUAGCGUCAAGUUCAAUAUCGGACUCGGCAGACGACCUGGCGCUUAUAUCAGUGACGAGGAUAUUGUGGCUGUUGCGAGGAAGUGCGAACUCCAUGACUUUAUCAUGAGCCUGCCUGAAGGAUACAACACUGAGGUCGGAGCCCAUGGUUCAAAACUCUCUGGUGGCCAGCGCCAAAGGUUAGCCAUCGCGCGUGCCCUUCUAAGAGAUCCAGAGAUCCUUUUGCUUGACGAAGCAACGUCUCAGCUGGACGCAAAUACCGAGAGAGAGAUCCGCAGAACAAUCUCAGCUGCAUCAAAAGGCCGUACAACAAUCAUGAUAGCUCACAGGCUUGCGAGUGUCCAGCACGCAGACAAAAUCUUUGUAUUCGAUGCUGGGAGGAUCGUUGAACAAGGCCGGCACGAUGAGCUUGUCGCAGAGGGCGGCAUCUAUGCUGGGAUGGUCGCAGCGCAAGAGCUGGAUUGAGUCUUGGAUCGAUCACAUGUCUCCAUCCGCGUUCUGUUACUCUGUUUAGCACUGUUGUACUAAUAGCCGAAUAUACGGCACUUCUUUCGGUGUAUUACCUGGGUGGCAGUUUGCUCCUUCCACUUAGGGUCCAGUAUCCAGCAAAUCAAAUAUUUCAACAUCACACAUCCUAUCGCUACCUAGGUAUAUAACACCUUGUACUUUAUUCGAAAAUUCCCGCCCAACACAAAAGCACAUGGUCAAAAGCUGUUUCUUCACAACAUUCCUUAGCAUACAUCAUCAGCUC